GACCUAAUUUCUACCAGGGUUUCUUCCAAGUGUGCUAUUGCGUGCUUCUCUCAAUUAAUAUCAACAUUUUACAUCGCCUUUCAUCAGAUUGUCUCUUUUAUGUGUGUAGAUGAGGAUUGCAGUAGAAGGGUGUAUGCAUGGGGACUUGGAUAAUGUCUAUGCCACCUUGUUGCAUUUGCAAGAAGUUCAGAAUAUAAAGAUUGAUCUCCUUUUAUGCUGCGGUGACUUUCAGGCUGUUAGGAACAAGAAGGAUCUGGAAAGCUUAAAUGUGCCACCUAAAUACCGGAGCAUGAACUCUUUCUGGAAGUAUUACUCAGGAGAGAAAGUAGCACCAUUUCCAACUAUAUUUAUUGGAGGAAACCACGAAGCAUCCAAUUACCUUUGGGAACUGUACUAUGGAGGAUGGGCAGCACCUCAGAUAUACUUCCUUGGAUUUGCUGGAGUAGUCAAGUUUGGCAACAUUCGUAUUGGUGGCCUUUCUGGAAUUUAUAAAUCCCACCACUACAAUAUGGGGCACUAUGAGAAGCUGCCUUAUAGUGAACGGGAUAUUCGAUCGAUAUAUCAUGUUCGCGAGUAUGAUGUCCACAAGCUCUUGGAAAUUGAGGAACCAGUUGAUAUCUUUCUUUCACAUGACUGGCCUGUUGGCAUCACCGACGGUGGGGACUUGAAAGCUCUUCUUCGUCAAAAACCUUUCUUUGAGCAAGAGAUUCAGGAAGGAACUCUGGGAAGCAAACCUGCUGCAGAAUUACUGGGAAAGUUGAGGCCUCCUUACUGGUUUUCUGCCCAUCUACACUGCAAAUUUGCUGCUUUAGUUCAGCAUGAGAAGGAUGGUCAUUCCACAAAGUUUCUUGCCCUUGAUAAAUGCCUCCCUGGUAGAAAGUUUUUGCAGGUUAUUGAAAUUGAGUCCGGACCAGGACAUCAUGAACUUCAACUUGAUGAAGAAUGGUUGGCUAUCACAAGAAAGUAUAAUGCUGUCUUGCCCUUGACAAUCAGGAAUGCAAACUAUAAUAAUGUACAUCUUGACAUAGAACAGUGCCGCCAGUUUGUAAGAAAUAAGCUGCGUACAAGAGGAUCCAAGCCGUUUGAAUUUGUUCAGACUGCACCAUGCUACAAUCCCUCUCAACCUGUCGCUGACGGUGUCUUCCAUGGUUUCUAUAAAAACCCUCAGACAGAAGCUCUUCUACAGUUUCUGGAACUCGAGUAUCUUCUCAAUAAAAUGCCAGAAUCAAGGGAGCCUGCUGCAAGUCCAGCCUCAUUAGUUUCAGGAUGUUCCUUUGAUCAUGAUAGUGAAGAUAUACCCAUAGAUGAUAUAGAUGAUGUGGAUGAUACAGAAGAUUUCAAAGAGGUUGACCCGGAAGAUGCUUAAGAAGGAUUAAUCUUAAGCUCAGAUCUUGGCUGUGCACAAUAUCUUAGGCAAGAUGGAAGUUGUAGGUAACAUCAUCACAUGAGAUGACAUUCUGAUAAAUGUGCCCUAUGAUUUUGCCAGUAUGAGCUGAUGACUGUAUUAUAGUCAACCCUAAAAACCAUCCCAAUUCUUUUCGUGGAGAAAAGGUAUGAUCGAAAGAACUCAUAUUACUGCACAGAUCCACUUACAGAGAUUGCUCGACUUUAAAGAUCAUUGACUGUACCCAGCAAAAGGGAUCAAAAUCUAUUUUCGCUGGCAGUGCUUCUGGGUCAUCCAAUUAACUCCAACAAGAUUCCUCAUUAUUUGCCUAACUAGGGGAGGGUAACUGAUUAGCUAAAAUGGGCAACAGAAUAGAGACUUGGUGAAACUGAAGACUUUUUGCUUUUUGCUUUUUGCUUCCCCUUGUCUAUCUGUAUUAGACUAACUAAAGGGACAAUUUUUUUCCAUGGUUGUAAUUUGUAGCAUGACGCAUUAACAUUUACAGGUUUAUCUAGCAACAAAAGAAAAAAGUAGCAGUAAAAAAUUCAGACUUCAGGUUGUACUAAUUAUCAGAUCUUUGGCGUUGUUCUGCCAUGCUUUUCAUUCAUUUACAAUUGACGAAAAAGGCUGAUGUUCAGUUAUAA